AUGGAAGAAGCAGAAGCAAUCAUUGAAGACGCAGAAGUAAAAUUCAACGAACGAGAUUAUUCUGGGGCGGUAUGGUUAGCUGAGAUGGCUCAAGAUACAUUUCCUAACCUCCACGGUAUACAACAGUAUGUGGCGGCUUAUAGGGUUCAUGUCGCUGCUUAUGAAAGCGAAAUAAAAACUAUUGUUGCUAGUAGAACUAAUGAUCCUAAUACUCCAUGGAAUCAUAAGUUUUGCGAGGUCAGUAUACCAGAUUGGUACGGGGUGUUGGAUAUCUUGGAUGGCGAUGUCGAUUGCGUUGAUUCAGAUAUGAUAAAGAAACAAUACAAGAGAAUGGCAUUGUUACUUCAUCCUGAUAAAAACGGCUCGGUUGUUGCUGAGAGUGCGUUCAAACUUGUGCAAGAAGCAGUAGAUGUUUUAUCUGACCCUGACAAGAGAAUGGGGUUUAAUAUCAAAAGAACUCGCUCUAGACCGAUGCAGGAGCACCGGGCACAAACAUCAUCUGCAUCAACAUCUUAUUCAAAACAAAAAACCUACACGAAACAGGAUGCAUCAACAUCUUCAAAACAAAGAAACACCAAACCGGCCGCAAAAGAAAAAAACACGAAACCGGAGAAGACGAAACGACAGGAUCCUGAACAUGAAGCGGGGCAUUCGACUUCUUAUUAUAAUUAUGACCCUCAAGAUGCUUGGGGUGACGAAGAGGAAGAAGAAGGUGGAGAAGAAGGGAGAAAGAAAGGAAUUAGACUUUGCCCAACUUGUGGUUAUCCUCAGUAUGUUCAGACUAACCAAAAAACGAGCUCUUCUGUACUCUCUUGCGGAUCCUGCGAGAGGGAAUUCAUCUUUUUCUAA